GACCAUUGCUUUUUCAUGGAACUCUGUUCUCUCUGAACUCAAAGACAGCUCGUCAGUGUUUCCUGAAGAUCGAUUCCGUUUCCAUGGAUAUGAAGAGUUUGAAGCGGCCUGUGACCUCGGAGGGGAUUUAUAUGAUUAUAUUGGUCACCUUAAAUUGGUGAAUGAGCAGAUUCCGAAUGAAAGUCUUGUGCUUGAUGAAGUGGAGAUAGCUUCUUCGCGGCACAUUUUGGUUCAUGUUCAGACACAUGAUGGCCCUGUGAUGAAGCUCUACAUAUGGGACAAGGCCGCUACAGACUUCUGUGAGAAGUUUAAAGCGCUUGGAAAACCUCCAACUGUUAUUCUGGUGACAACUGUGAAUCCAAAACGUUUUGGAGGUGCCUUAACUAUGUCGUCUCUAUCAUCCUCACGUGUGUUUUUUGAUAUGGAUGUUCAACCUACCAGGGAAUAUCUGGCUUGGUUUGAAUCGAACACUGAGGUUGCUAAUAGAGUUAAUGCUGAAAUUGUUACCAAGGCUGAGACAGCUACUAUAGGGGAGCUGUUCUCUUACAUGAAGCAGAAAGAGGCAAAGGUUGCAUGGUUCGAGUGUAGAGCCACUAUUGAUGAUGUCGUGCGUGGUUCUGCAUGGUAUUAUAUUGCUUGUGGUGAGUGCAAGACCAAAGCAACCAAAGGGCCUACCACGCUUAUGUGUAAGAAGUGUGGGAAGACUGAGAUUGCCGGUGUUCCAAAGUAUCUCACGAAGCUCACUGUCUAUGACAACAAUGACCACGCAAGCUUUGUGCUUCUUGGUGAUGCUGGGAGUGAUUUGAUUGGGAAGAAAGCCUCGGAAUUGGUUGAGAGCUACUUUGAGGCCAAUGACAGCGUAAAGGAAGAUCACGUGGUCCCAGUGCCACAAGCUCUGAUUGGUGCCAUUGGACAGACUCGCACGUUUGUUAUUAAGGUAUCAAAACACAACCUCGAUGGCAAGACCCAAUCUUUGACUGUCACCAAGGUUCUCCCACCUGAUGUUCCAGCACUUAAAGGCAACAUAGAGGAGAACGUGGAUGAGGAACCUACUGAUGAAAGGAAUGAAGUUGCAGCUGGGUCUGUGAAGAGGAGCUCUGUUGGGAUUGAGUCCGGAGAGACCAAGCGUGCCAAAAGUGGCUGAUAGAUUUUUAGUACUGGUUUUUGUUCUCAGUUUCAAUAAACUCUAUGCUUUGUUUUCUUUGUUUCAGACUUUGUUUCUGUUUCAGACUUUGUUUUUCAUCAUUUGAAUAAUUUUGGUGUUUA